AUGCGCGAAGAGGCUGCUUGGAGCCCUCUUCUCGAUGCCCUGGCUGACCGGUUCCUCCGAUGGAAGUAUCCUGCAUCAAAUUCGCCUCCCGAAUGCUCGCCAAGCAGGGCAGAGUCAACUGCGCCCCGGUCCACGGAGACACACUUCACCUUGAUUGACGACACUCACGCUCGCAGCCCCCAGCCCAUCGACAAAUCAGUGCGACUCCCAUAUUGCAUCAAAACCUACGACAUCUUCACCCUUCAAAAUGAGAUCACCGUCUUCCGCCCUGCUGACAGCACCUCGCCCGCUCUUGAUCUGCUUGAGCACGGGUACAUCGCAAAGACACCCGGACGGCCCGAAGUGGCCGUCUCUGUCAAGACGCUGGAUCUGCUAUACCGACUUCGCCAACGAAAAGCUUCAUUCAGUAUUGAAGCGUUUGCCAAGGUGGUUUGCGACUACUACAUGAUUCCAUAUCGUGAAUACCUCCGCAAGGUAUUUUCGGAUACUUUCGAAGUCUACCUCCGCAUCACACGGAUUGUGGAGAAACGGUUGCAUGCCAUCCUUAGAUGGGACGCCCCUGACUGGCGGCCAUUGAACGCCUGCCGCGCGUGCUGCUAUAAGCUUAAAGAUGAACCGCCUUUGUCAUUUAGUCGACUAUGGUCCCUCGACGGUAACAACAGCCUCAAGCGGAUGGCAACGGCCGAUUGGGAGGACGUUGACGAGCUGGAAGGGGACCCCACGGACGGCGUCGCUUUGGCGCUCCUUGAAGAAAGCACCAAGCGAACUCAAGCUGACGACAGUAACGAGCACAUCGAUAUUGCCAUGGCGACCCCUGCAAGCGAUUCUGUAGCACCUGUUGGCAACGCAGGCGACUCUACUGCGCCCGCUGGUGACACGACCAUUAUCGACAAGGUGCAGGCCGCACUCCUGCACAAACUCCUUGAUCAAUGCGUCGAUAACUGGAAGGCAGCUGCGGCCGAGGCAAAGAAGAAGAUGUGGAAGAUGUAUGAGGAGUCAGGCGUGUUUGCUUCCGCGUGCCGCCAUGGAUUUAUUCUCUGGCUGUGCGAUAUGGUGCGUAGCGGCGAAUUAGCUAAAUAUCCUCUUGCAAUUGUUGCGAAGGCCCUCGAAACAAUGCCUGACGAGUGGCUUGCAGGCUACGACAUUGGCUGUUCCGCGGAAAUAACUGUCAAGAACAGCUCCCUCGGCCCUGAGUAUGUCAAGAAACACGCACGCAUGUGCGUGAACGCCUUCCAUGGCUACUCACACUCCCACAUCUGCCAACUUCGCUUCCACCCGAACGUUAUCGAGGGCGCCGGCAUCGAGGAUUUCGAGACGAUGGAGAGGGUCUUCAGCAGGUCGAAUGACCUCGCCCCUGUCAUUCGGUAUGCCUCUGCUUACCGCCGUAGACUUUUGAUCGAAGCAUUUCUCAAGCAAUGGGAUGCCGACAAAUACUUGAACUCGGGCGACUUCAUUCUCGACAACUACACGCAGGCGCUGGAGAUCGUCGACAUCGAAGGCCAGACCCUCAGGCAAAGCAUGGAGCAGCAGGGAAUCACCGCAGGUGACAUCACCCGGUGGCGCGACGAGGAGCUUGCGUAUUUUGCCACGCUGGGCGACGAGCUCGACUACGACAUCCACUCAACAUUGUACGUUGAGCUGCUCCAGAAGCUGCGCGACUUAGAGCCGAAGCUCAAACGGACGCAGACCACAUUCUUAUCCCACGCACCAUCAGCUGAAAAACAGGCUUAUUCCCGCGAUGUUACCCGGACGCGCAAGCUGGAGACAGAGCGGCGAGUUGCGGCAGAACAAUACGAUCGUGUCAGUGCAGAGGUCGUCGCUCUCGAGAUCAAGAUGGACAUCCAGGAACGUUGGGAUCCAACGACACCUGCAUAUCAGGAGGCUCUCAAGUACAUUUGCGAACGGACGUAUCGGCGCGCCCUCGACAAGCUUCAUCGUCUUGUCGUGCAGCGGUUAUUUGAGCUUCAAAAGCUCAAUAUGCGCACACAUAUUGCAAAAUCACUGCAGGUCCGUAGCAAGACAAUCAAGAAGGCUGUCGCCGACUACAACGCCGUCGCUGUAACCAUGAACCCACCAAGGCCAACGCUCGACUGGUCGGAGGUCACACACUACGCCUUCCUGGAGGAGUUUUCGCUCCUUCAGGAUACCAGGAACGAUGUCCGUCAGAAACCAUGGGCGCAGCCUAUCACCCGCGAGACAAUCAAAAUGUAUCGCCGCGUCGCACGCGCGAACGAAGAACUCGAGCGCCUUAAUAUCGAGGUCCGCCGUCUCCACACCGCCAUUAUCGAUGAGGACAAGCUGCUAAGAGCAGCCCUGGCCAGUCUGGGCUGCUCGCAUCAACUGUACGGUGCCAUGCAAGACUUCGCCCUGCGUCGCCAGGCUGUCAACAACCACCUACUGCGGCGCGUCUUCCAAGUCUACGACCUACCUGGAUACACCGGCACUCAAGGGUCCGGAGAGGCCGAAGUUGAUAUGGUCAGUCAGGCGCGCCUUUCCUCUGUCCAGCUCACAGUCGACAAAAUCCCGCCAUUGCUGACUCGUCCAGAUGAUGUCUGUGGUACUGGUGGAGACAUAAGUGACGACGAGAAUGACGAGAAUGACGACGAAGGCAGUGAGGAAGCUCAAGGUAACGUUGCUGCAGUUGUAGAAUAUAUUGCUGGACUCUCUAUUGUAUGA